GAGCGGCGGCGAGCGGCAUCUGGCCCCGGAGCGGCUGCGAUGCGGGUCAGGAUGAUUUCAGCUGCCUCCGUCCUCGUCCUGCUCUUCCUGCCCUCGGAGACCUGCUCGCCCCUGCAGUGGCCCCGGGGCCCGUCCCGCAGGCUGACCCUGGCCCCCCAACCCACCUGGGAGUCCUGGCCGGGAGCCCCCCAACCUGCCGCCGGUCCCCUGCCCCAAAGACUGUGCCAGCCCCGUGGGGCAGAGCCCACUCCGGUCCCUCGCACUCCACGGGCGCUGCAAACCGGCAAGAGGCGAGACGGCAAACCCAACUCUCUGGAUCUCACCUUCCACCUCCUGCGUGAGUUCCUGGAGAUGUCCCGGGAGGAGAGACUGGCCCAGAAGGCGCUCAGCAAUAAGCUCUUGCUGCAAAGUAUAGGAAAAUGAGGGAGGGUCAUGGGGGAUAAUGGAGACCAACCCCAUAGCGAACAGCCAUGGCAGAGCGGAGAAGAAGGCGGGGGGGGGGGGAUGCUGCUGCCCAGCCCGGGGCUGGAGCCGUGCCCAGGGAGCCCCCCCUCCCCUUGUCUGGUGGGGUCCCCGUCGCUGCGUCCCGCGUGUUGCUCUCGCUGUUGUGCAUUAAAGUUGCCCUCGC